AUGCCGGCGGGACUUCAUGGCCUUGCAGAUUGCAAGGAAGAGGCCUCCAUGGUGUUCGCGGUGUCCACAUCUCCGUCGGCCUCUGGUGCUGAACGCUUGGAGCUCCAAGUGGAGAACGGUGAGAUGUUGAGGCCACAGCAGUUGGAGAAGAUCCUGAAAAACAGAGAUCGGAUUGAAGACUUCAAGAUGAUGGGGCCGGAAGAACAGCCGCGGGGCUUGUCGGAUGGCUUGCGGUCUUUGUUGCAAAGCGCAAAGGAGCAGCUGGACAUCCGUUUGGAGCAUCGUUGCCCAGAGCGAUUUGGGGGCAAACAAUGUGGCCAGUCAUUCAAAGCUCAGCAGCAGUUGGAUGAGCAUCAUUGUCCAGCAGUCGGUGUGGUCAACGACUUCAACCAGAUUGUAAGUGCCAAGGAUCAGACGGAGUACUGCUGCCAUGUUGUAGCCUGGACCAUGUACCAUGGCACCACCCGCGCAGCAGCUGAUCAAAUUGAGCGUGGAGGCAUCCGGGCUUCAACCGGAGGGAUGCUUGGGGCUGGUGUCUAUGCAAUCCGCGACAUCAAGAAAGUUACCUGCUGGGUGCGCAGUCGUGCGGAUGAAAAUGCUGGCAGAGGUGGCCUCAGAGACGAGCGGGUUCACGUCCACGUGGCAAUGCUUUGGUUUGGAGUUGCAUUGCAAGCGAGGAAAUUGGAGCUCUCUGAUUUUGCCAAGGCGCAAGAUCUGCAGAUGAAAGCCAACGAUCUCAUGGAGAAAGCAGCGCCCAUGAGUUGGGGCAUCCCAGUUUUUGCCACGCUGUGGAUGUCGUGUAAGGAGGCCAUCAUCUACCAAGAUGAGGUGGAGCGGGAAGCUGAAGCUCAAAAAGCUGCUGAGGAGGCGGCGGCAGCACAGGAGGAAGAAGCGGCGGCUCCCACUGUCACAGCAGCUUCAGAGCGACCCAGCUCACGAGCGGAGGAAGAGGAGGACCUGGAGGACUGGGAGCGUUUGGAUCUCCCAGACUCCCCGGUGACGCCGGUAAGGCCCAGCACUCCAGCUGAGCCGGAGGUGGUGGAGGAGGAGUUGCAGGAGGAGGACUGGGAUCAGCUUGUGGACGCUAGACUGAAGGAUGAGCUACAGAAGCUCGAGAGGAAGGUGAAUGCAGCCGAAGUCUUGGCAAACGCCAAUCUGGAGAGACGAGGUGGAUAUCCUCCUGCGGGAGUUGUUGUGCUGAACAAGGUUGCAGAGCAGAAGGUGGAAGCUGCACUUGCACCUCUGAGGGAUGGAGAGGGCUUUCUAAAGCCCAUCCUCCCCAGACACUGGCGCUUCAAGGGCAAGUUGACCUGGGAACGCCUCAGCUCCAUCUACACAACCUUGGAGGCAUUGAACUUCAAGGGUGACCAAAUCCGCUUGGCGAUGGGUAAGACCGGCGGCUAUGAUGCACGAGCUCCGCUGGAGUGGUUGCUAGUGAACUUGCCAAAGCAGGAGCUCCCACGCUAUUUUGGUGGCGACUCCGUCGGAGACCUUCCGAACACUGAGGAGGAAGGUUCGACCCUCAGUGAUUUGGUGGAAGCUCCCUUUGGUCCGGCGCAGCUUCAAAUGGACGUGGUAGAGGAGGCAGAAGAAGCCAAAGCAGGUGUGGAUGACAAACUCGACGUGGACAAGGAGCUCCCGCAGCCAGUCGCCAAACAGGAUGGUAAACGUCCGGCUUGUGACAAGGAAGUGGGGAAGGAAUUUGCCCGGCGAUACAUGGAGCAAUAUGAGGAGGAGGAUGAAGAAGAUGCCCUCCUUAGCCCAGAAGAGAUUCUGGAACGAGAGAGGAAGAAGGAUCCAACAGCGAGGUAUAUCAAAGUAUCGUUGCAGUUUGAAGAGUCCAGCAAAAUCCUGAAGGCUUUGAAAGAGAAAAGACGGCAUGGUGCCUUCAAGCAGAACAUCAGUGCUGAUCAGAACAAGCAAAGGGAGAACACCAACAAGUUUCAGAGCUGCAAGGCUGAGAUGGAGCUGUUGGAAUCCGGGAAGUAUGGGCCCCUGGAUCAGGAGCGCAUUGCAAAGGCAAAGCCUCGCAAAGCUCCCAAGGAGGAGGAGAGAGAGAAACCAGCGAAGGAGGAGAAGGAGAAGGAAGAGAAGGAGGAAGCAAAAGAGACAGAGGAGGAUUCAAUGCUGCCCUCUCUGUUCGAUGAGGCCGAAGGCCUGGAGUCCGUUGAGUCCCACAGCGCGGAACGGCCGAAAGCGCGGCGCUCCUACAGCCUGGCGGGCUGGACCGGGCGAAAGCCCAAGGAGGCAUUGGAAGACUUCGGCAGGAACAAGUGGGGCAAGAAGAAGGAUGGACUGCCUUAUGCCAAGUACAGUAAGCUCUCAGGCGCCGGCGGCUUCCGCGUGCGGGUCACCGUGCAGUUGCCCAAGAACGAGCGGCGGCGGUUUGACCCCGAGGAGCUCUGCGAGAGCAAGGAGGAGGCAGAGCACCUGGCAGCGACAUUGGCGCUGAUGAAACUCUCCCAGGACUCAGAGAAGCCAGGUCUGCAACGGGGUUUGCCUCCUGUCUAUCGGCAGCGGUGGCAAGAGUGGGAUCAAGAGCUAUUGGCCGACUUGCAGGAUGAUGCAUGCAAUGCUCCAGAAAGUGCAACCUCUUGGCAAAUUCACAGCCGAUUUUAA